AUGGCGGGGAGGAGUAGCGCGGGGUCGCGGUCCGGCCGAGCGCGGCAGUCGCGCGGCCAUGACGGGACGCGAUGCGGGGAGUGCGCUCAUGCGCGGUGGCCGAAGCUCGAGGUGGCAACGGCAGCGGCCAUGGUGGUUGCGGGCGUGCAGGGGAGUUGGAGGAGCCGCAGCGGGCUCAGGCGCGCUGCGCGCACAGAGGCAGCGAGCCGCGGGACGAUGGCAGAGCAGAGCCACGCUCAAAUGCUGUACGGCCACGGUGGCUCGGGUGAGCAAGAGGGAGGCGCGAAGCCGCGCACGGGCUCAAGCCGGUGCGGGGAAAGGAGGGCAAGCUGGGGAGAGGAAAUAGAGGGCGGCGAAGCUGCACACGGGUCGAGCUCGCUCGCGGGGAGACCGCGGGGCAUGGGCGCGUCCGUGCGUGCGGUGGCCAGGCAGCGGCGUCGGCGGGCGCGCAGGACAAGGAAAGACUGUGAGGCGGCGCAUGCGGGAUGCACUGCAGCAGGGGGCAGCGCAGGGAAGGUGCGCGAGGGCUCGGUUGCGCCUGCGCGUGAUGAAGAAGAGGCAAGGCAGAGCAGCGCGCUGGCCUCGGCGAGAGAAAGAAAACAAACGAGUCGGCAAUCAUGUGAGAGAGCAGAGCGGGAGCAGCAGCACGUGGGUCGGCCGACUUCCAUCACGUCAGAUAGCAAAGUGAUGAGACCAUACGAGCAGCGGGCAGACAAGCAAGGCAGGCAAGGUAGCAGAGGAGCAGCGACGGGGCUGGACAGCAACGAGUAG